CCCAUGGGUGGCAGGCUGCUUCCUUCUUCCCCGGAGCCCUCACUGUCAGACAUGGCGAUGUCGCCGGCGCACGGCGAGGACUCGCCCUACUUCGCAGGGUGGAGAGCCUACGACGAGGACCCCUACGACCCCAUCGCCAACCCUCGAGGCGUCAUCCAGAUGGGCCUCGCAGAAAACCAGGUGUCCUUUGAUCUUCUGGAGGAGUAUCUCAAGGAGCACCCCGAGGUGUCGGAUUGCAGCGCCGGGUUCAGAGAGAACGCCAUGUUCCAGGAUUACCAUGGCCUGAAAUCUUUCAGGAAGGCAAUGGCGAGCUUCAUGGAGACGAUAAGGGGAGGCAAGGUGAGGUUCGACCCGGACCGCAUCGUCCUCACCGCCGGCGCCACCGCCGCCAACGAGCUUCUCACGUGCAUCUUGGCCAACCCCGGCGAUGCCCUCCUCGUCCCUACCCCUUACUACCCAGGGUUUGACAGGGACUUGAGGUGGAGGACCGGCGUGAGCAUUGUCCCGGUGCGGUGCGACAGCACCGCCGGGUUCCAGGUCACCGCCGGCGCGCUCCAGGACGCGUACGACGCGGCCGUGGCGGCCAGGACGCGCGUCCGCGGCGUGGUCAUCACGAACCCGUCGAACCCGCUCGGCACGACGGCGGAGCGCCCCGCCCUCGAUGGCGUCCUCAACUUCGUGGCGCGCAACGACAUGCACCUCAUCUCCGACGAGAUAUACUCCGGCUCGGUGUUCGCCGCGCCCGACCUGGUCAGCGUGGCGGAGCUCGUCGACGAGCGCCGCCGCCGCUGCGCGGGAGAAGACGGCGGCGGCGGCGACAUCGCCGGGCGCGUCCACGUGGUGUACAGCCUCUCCAAGGACCUCGGCCUCCCGGGGUUCCGCGUCGGCGUGGUGUACUCCCACAACGACGCCGUGGUGGCCGCGGCGAGGCGCAUGUCCAGCUUCACGCUGGUGUCGUCGCAGACGCAGCGGACGCUCGCCGCGAUGCUGUCCGACGCGGCGUUCGCGGUGGCGUACGUGCGCUCCAACCGCCGCCGCCUCCGGGAGCGGCACGGCCACGUGGUGGCCCGGCUGGAGCGCGCCGGCGUGGCGUGCCUGCGCGGCAACGCCGGGCUGUUCGGGUGGGUGGACAUGCGGCGGCUGCUCGACGAGGCGACGGCCGCCGGCGAGCUGAGGCUGUGGCGGCGGGUGGUGGCGGAGGCGAGGCUGAACAUCUCGCCGGGGUCGUCGUGCCAUUGCCAGGAGGCCGGGUGGUUCAGACUGUGCUUCGCCAACAUGAGCUUGGAGACGCUCGACGUCGCACUCCAUAGACUGAGCUGCUUCAUCAGCAAAUGGAACAAACCAAUAACGCAGUAG